CAGUUUAGACUGUGCAGAACUGAAGUGCUUCAUUGCUGGAGUGAAUUACUGCUGUUCUCUAGAAUCUGAACACGGUAACAUGAACUGCUGUGUUUGUGCUCCAUGACAGAAGAUUGGUGCUAAGAAGAAGGAUCUGCAGUGAUCUGUAGUCUGGCUAGCAGGAAUUUUAACAACUAUUGACUUUGGAGCACACAGGAUUGCGGUCUUCAAGCAGAUUUUUUCCAUUUCUUGUCUUGAUGCAAAGCAGCGCUUGAAUUCGACCUGGUGCUCUGGCAUUUGAGGAAAAGGAUUCUUUGUUGUGUAAUCAAACAUUAAAUGCAGACAAGCUAUAAUGUCUAAAAAGCAAAACCAAAAAGAUUCAUCAGGAUUUAUUUUUGAUGUACAGUCCAAUACUGUGAUGGCUCAAGGAGGUACAUUUGAAAAUAUGAAGGAGAAGAUCAGUGCUGUAAGGGCAAUAGUCCCCAACCGAAGCAACAAUGAAAUUAUCCUGGUGUUGCAGCACUUUGAUAACUGUGUAGACCGAACAGUGCAGGCUUUCAUGGAAGGCAGUGCCAGUGCAGUGUUAAAAGAAUGGACGGUAACUGGCAAGAAAAGGAACAAAAAGAAGAAAACCAAACCAAAGCCUCCUGCAGAAUCAAGUGCCAGCUUUCCUGAUCCCAACAAGCCAGCAUCCACUGAAGAGGAACGGUCUGCAGCUUCAUCAGAGAAGGGCGGGAUCAAUGGUUACCAUGUCAAUGGUUCGGCCAAUGACACAGAAUCUGUAGACUCACUCAGUGAAGGCUUGGAUACACUUUCCAUAGAUGCCAGAGAGUUGGAGGAGACUGAACCUGCUAUGCCUGAGGUGCCUGAUGGAGCAGCAACAUUUGAGUUAGAAAAUGGAAUAACAGACCUCAGUCCAAAGGCUGCCACCAUGCGAUCUUCCCAGAAUAACCAGCCUCUCAGAGCACAGGCUGAACUGAGGAGCCCCGGCAAACCACUCUCCAGACCUGUCUCAAGCAACCAGUCACCUGCUCCUUCAUCUCUAGCAAUGCUAGAUGAGGUCCCUGUGACCUCUGGAAACAAAAAGCUAGGUUCCAAUAUUGAAAAAUCCGUGAAAGACCUUCAACGAUGCACUGUUUCGCUGGCUCGGUAUCGUGUUGUAGUUAAAGAAGAAAUGGAUGCUUCCAUUAAGAAAAUGAAACAGGCCUUUGCAGAGCUCCAGAGUUGCCUCAUGGACCGAGAAGUUGCCCUUCUAGGUGAAAUGGACAAAGUGAAAGCAGAAGCGAUGGAAAUCCUAAGCAGCCGACAAAAGAAGGCCGAGGCACUGAAGAAGCUGACCGAUGUGGCAGUCCGAAUGUCAGAGGAGCAGUUGGUAGAGCUUCGAGCUGACAUAAAGCACUUUGUUAGUGAGCGCAAAUACGAUGAGGAUCUCGGAAGGGUGGCUCGCUUCACUUGUGACCUAGAUGCACUAAAGAGGAGCAUUGACUCCUUUGGACAAGUUUCACAUCCAAAGAACAGUUACUCAACCAGGUCACGGUGUAGCUCCAUCACCUCUGUGUCUGUAAACAUCCCAGAUGAGUCCUCCACCACAGUGUGUGCCUCUGUUUCUUCACCAAGCCUUAUGACGGCCAAUAAGAAACCAUCAACCCCAGCUGAAACCCCUGCAAAUGAAACAAGCCGCCCAUACCAGCCCUACCGUGAGGGAUUCCAGGGUAAUAGAAGACCUGGUCAAGGUUACAGGCCCCAAGGACACCGGCAAAAUGGGCCCUCUCAUCCCAAUUCAAACCGGUACAGAAAUGGGCCUUGGUAUCAGUCCAACUCAAGGUCCCGGCCACCUCCUGGAAACACAAACAAUCUCAGCCAGACUUACUCUUCAGGACCCAAUGAAUCUGGAACUCUUCUUGAGCCGGGUCCACCAGCCCCAUCUGCGCAGGCCCAUUUGGGCCCACUCAGCAAAGAAGCCAAGGCUCUUCCACAGCGGAAACCUAGAUCAAGCCAACAUGAGGCGGCCAGUUCCUGAGGACCAUGAACUCUUGCCACUUUCCAAAACUGGAUAACAGGAUUGUAGGACACACCUAGCUAGAGAUAUUAACAAAAGAAAGUUUACACUUGCUGUCCCUGUGCCACUUCUCUUUCCCCAAUCAUUCUGUUCCAGGAAAGCAGCUCCCUAGUGCUUCUCCUACCCUUGCCUCCUGCCAUGUGACCUGGGUCAGGCUUUAGUGGAAAAAUGCACUCACACACUAUCCAAGUGUGGCCUUGGCAAACCACCUCCUGCUGCCAUCUCCUUUGCACUCUAUGGCUCCUCUUAUUCUGGUGCCGUCCUUAAACAUUGGCAGGCAGCUUAAAAAGCAAAACAAAAACACACACACACACACACACACACACACAAAAAGAUGAGGGGGGGAUGUCUUCCAGGAACCCCAGCCCUAAAGCCUCUUCUCCUUCCCCUCCCUGAAUGUUGCUAGCCAGGCCUUACUUCUAACAGCAAAACUAUUCAUGCUGGCAAUGAAACAAAUUGCUGUGAAUUGUGAGACCAAGAUGAGAGACUCAAAUAUGGGAGGAGCCAUAAGAGACAGGUGGGAUGGUUAUUUUCUUUUUACAUAUUACCUAAAUACUACAUUGGGAAAGCUGGACUUGUAUGUCUCUUCCACCAGAGGAUGAGAGAAGUCCAGUCCUCCUGAGAGAAGCAACAUUCUGUCUGUACGUCAUGUAUAAAUUUAGAUGUUCCCUGAUUUCCCCCUACUUUUAAUGUUUGGUAAUGGCUGGAAGGUUUCAUUUGUUCACCUCCUAGCCACAAUCCCAGCCUCUGAUCCUAAACUAAAUUUCUAGCAAUUUAAUUAGCAGUGCUAAUCCUAGGUGAUCGCAAGCAAAAACAAAAAUUGCUACAGUCUUUCUCUAUCCUUGUAUAAAUAAAAACGGCGUACAUGUUUAAAA